UUUUUUAUUUCUAUUUGUGAGCAGUGAUUUACUAUUUCCUACCACAUCCAAAAGGCAGCCAAGAUUUGUGUAUUUGCUUGUAAACAGCACAGUUCUUCAGCUCUGGAAGACCUUGGAGUCAAUCAGGUCCAGAAAUGUCCUUGGUGUGUUUGACAGACUUUCAGGUGCUUGCUCGGCAGAAGCUGUCUAAGAUUAUUUGGGAUUUUAUCGAAGGUGGUGCUGAUGAAGAGAUCACGCGGGAUGACAACGUUGCAGCAUUUAAAAGAAUCCGCCUCCGUCCACGGUAUCUGAGAGAUAUGUCAGAGGUGGACAUCAGAACCACAAUCCAAGGGGAAGAGAUAAGCGCCCCCAUCUGCAUCGCACCCACAGCUAUGCACUGCUACAUCUGGCCUGAUGGAGAAAUGAGCACAGCCAGAGCUGCCCAAGCAGCAAACAUCUGCUUCAUCACCAGCACAUUCGCCAGCUGUACCCUCGAAGACAUUGUUGCUACAGCACCAAGAGGUCUCCGGUGGCUCCAGCUCUAUGUGCAGUUAGACUGGGAGAUAAACAAAUAUAUAGUUAGGAGGGCAGAAUCCCUGGGUUUCAAAGCUUUGGUAAUCACUGUGGAUGUACCCAUUACUGGCAAAAGGCGAAAUGACAUGCGAAACCACUUGGAUUUGCAGAAGAAGAUGAAGAUAAAGUAUCCUGGGUCACCAGAAGAGAAAAAUUUCACAUCUGAAGCACAGCCUACACACUUCAAUGCAUCCUUCUGCUGGGAUCAUCUCUCCAGGAUGCAAAGCAUCACUAAAUUGCCUAUCAUCCUUAAAGGGAUUCUGACAAAAGAGGAUGCAGAGCUGGCAGUGAAACACAAGGUCCAAGGCAUCAUCGUAUCCAACCAUGGUGGGAGGCAGCUUGAUGAGGUUCCCUCUUCAAUUGAUGCUUUGGUGGAAGUGGUGACUGCUGUAAAAGGGAAAAUUGAAGUGUACAUGGAUGGUGGGGUUCGAACUGGCAAUGAUGUGUUGAAAGCUCUGGCUCUAGGAGCUAAGUGCAUUUUUCUUGGGCGACCAGUCCUGUGGGGUCUUGCUUGCAAGGGUGAACAUGGUGUUGAGGAAGUUUUGAAUAUUUUAAAAACUGAGUUCCACAGUUCCAUGACCCUUAUAGGCUGCAGGUCGGUUGCUGAGAUCAAUCGGGACCUGAUCCAGCUCUCCAAGCUGUCACUACUAUGAUUGUCCACUACUAUUUUCCUAUCAUCUUUCAGAUGUUGUUUCUUUCUGUAAACUUCUUUUCUGGAAUAAAAAAAAUGAUAGGUAAACUGAGAUUGCAAAAGUUAGUAGAUUAUUUGUGUGUAUCCUAAAUAUCCCUAUGAAGUAACCAUGGGUUUUGGAUUCUGGAAAGAAAAGCUAUACAUAUACAAUCUUACACAAUAAAAAUUGCUCUCAUA